AUGUCCUACCAAGGUCAGCGAUGCACUGGAUGCAUCACUGGCUCAACGGACCGACAGCAGCAUAAGCUGGGCUCUAAAUUCUGCGCCUUGUUUUACAACCGAGACAAUUCGAUCCUCGAAGGGCAAGAAGGACUCAACUUGCAAAAUGCGGCGACGAGCGAUCAUGCGAGCACCACCAACAUGGAGUACAACGAUGAGCUAGAUGCGGAUGGUGAAACUGACGAUGAGUAUGAGCGAUCUGCAGAUGGCGGCUAUGUCAAGAAACAUCAGCCCCGGCCUGGUAGGCUGGAAGACGGCCAAGAAAGCGUGGCCAGCGACUAUGAUAGCGAGCGGGACGCCGACGGCGAGACGGACGAUGAGGACGCACGACCUAACAGCCGAGCUGAGACCAGCUCAGGAAUGCUAUCCACUCAAUCUGAGCAUUUCAACGCGGAUCAAGAGAGUGACCGGCUAGCGUGGGCAUCUUACGGUCGAGAUAGUAAGGUGCUUCGUGAAGCAGCGGCAAAUGGGAUACCAGGAGCCAUCGAACGCCACGAGGAGAUCAAGAAGAAGAGAAGAGAAGAUCAAGCAGACAAAUGGGCAAAUACACAGCAGAGGGCUGAGACUGGAGACCAAAUGGCCAAGGACGCUAUAGAGAGUAGGAAACGGGCACAAAAGGUGCGGGAUGCAAGGCGUGACAAGGAGCGGAAAAAUGCAAGAAGUAGGGAACGGAAUCAAAAACGCAAGAAGUAG